AUGGCGUGCAUUGAAAGGGCAUCACCAGCAUUGAAGGAGAUUCUCCUCGAAAUAUACAGAUAUGAGCAGAAUAAUGACUACAUAUUAGACGCUGAUUUAUUUUGUUGGAACUUAUUUUCUCCAGUCUCAACAAAGAUUAUUGCAGAAAUUUCCUCGGUUCAAGCCGUAGUACUGAGCUCACAGCUGAAAGAAAUGUUAAGGAAUGUUGAAUCUCAGGAAAUAUCUCAGGGAAGGUAUAAACCAAUCAAACUCAUUUAUCAUCCAGGGGAGCUAUUCUAUGUCAUCAAACAGCCAGCAAAAAUCACUGCAGUAUUCCCAAUGCGCUUAAAAGAAAAAGCAGAUGUGAUUAUUGCAACAGCCUUCUUUCAGGAGCUUGUGGUUGUUCGAAGUACUGGAGCAUGUGCUAAGGCGCCUCAUUACAUCUGGUUGCCGAUACCACCUCCAGAGUUAAGAGAACCCAUUGAAGAUCUCAGUACCAAUGGAGGAUUUCUUUCUUUAGAUAUUACGUUCCAUCUCAUGGAAGGCAAGAAACUAGACAAGACUGUGUGGAACCUACUGAAAUUCUAUACAUUCGUGAAAUAUCAUGUGAAGGUAAUGCACAUUCAUAAGCUAUAGAAUACUAGAGUUGCUUGCAUCCUGGAACUAACAUUUAGUCUUAAACAGAGCACUAGAGGUUUUAUACACCGGAGGCUGAGAAUGCAUCUUGGAAACUUGGUUGAGGUAAUCAAAUCCCUACCUGAGGUCAUGCAUGUGAGGUUACAUCUCUCCUUUUUGAUGUGAGAUCGUAUUACUGCAAAAAUAAUUAUAUCUAAUGGGCUGCUCUUCUGGCAACUUACAGAUCUUGCAGAAUGCAGGAAUUGAAGAAGAACAAAUUAAGAAUGAAGUCCAAGGUAUGAGCGGAAUAUUUUGCAUUUAAAGAUUGUAGUGAAAUGGGCAGUUUCAACUCUAAUAAAGGGACUCAGCUACAGCAUAAAUUGGGGAGGGUGUUUACAGCUAACGAUUUACUGCAUAAAUUCUGCAUGUAGGCACAGUUCAGGCAAAUAUUGUUUUUCUAGCCUGUCCUUUUUUCUUCCCUCAAUAAAUUUUUCCAUUAUGAAGUUGAAUAUUCUGAUGCAGGAUUUAAAUACGUGAGGAAGUUGGCAAGGUUCUCAAAACCCAAAAUCCUCAGAAGAAGAUGUAAUUUCAGCAAAAAGCUCAAGUGAAUUCAUUCCAGAUUAAAAAUCCACGGGUUCAAUCAUUUCCACAGAUGAUGGUUAACAAUGCCCAAAUUUUCUUCAGUUACAAGGUAUACAAAACUGAAGUAAAACAGUUGUCUUCAAUUAAAUCAAUAUGUUUGAUGGAAGAUACAAGCUCAACUCAUAUCUCCUCACUAGUUAUUCCAUCACUCCACAAGCAACAUACUGAUGGAAAUUGUUUACUGCCUAUAUCAAGUGCAAUAAUGAAAGUAAGAAAUAGUUUUCUGCCUAUAACAAACAAGUGCAAUGAUUAAAGUAUUUAUAUCCAGAACACAAAAUAAUUAAAUAAACAGAACCCAAAAUUUUCCAUCAUAAAAAAGAAUAUACUAAUAAACCUAGGUGAUUC